AUGGUUUACAAGGGCGGCAAAGCAAAUCGUUCACCAUCUUGUGUUUUUGUAGGAAAUCUUCCCGACAGGGUUGAUGAAAGGGAUAUUCAUGACCUCUUUGAUAAAUUUGGAGAAAUAAAAGAUGUUGACAUAAAGCAUGGGAAAACUUCCAAUUACACCUCAUACGCCUUUAUAGAGUUUGCUAGUGUCAGAUCGGCAGAAGACGCUGUAGAUUCCCGUGAUGGCUACGAAUAUGAUAGAUACAGACUUAGGGUCGAGUUUGCGGGAGAAAAGAAACCCAGAAGAUAUCCAAGUUAUGACAGACCCAGAGAUCGUGACAGAUCAAAUAGAUAUCCUCCACCAACCAGAACUGAUUAUCGUCUCGUAAUAUCGAAUUUACCUCAUGGAUGCCGAUGGCAGCAUUUAAAGGACCACAUGAGGAAGGCUGGUCCUGUUGGAUACGUUAAUAUAGUCCAUGGGAAGGGUUUUGUCGACUACAUGCACAAGUCUGACAUGAAGUACGCCAUCAGGAAACUAGAUGGCUCUGAGCUCACUACUCCAGACGAUAGCUGUCGCAUAAGAGUUAAAAAGGAUGAGUUCAGGAGGUCCAGGUCUAGGCAUAGGUCAUAUGAUAGAAGGUCAAGAUCAGUUUCUGACCGUAGGAGUAGGUCCGUGAGGUCAGGCUCGCCCUACGAGAGGAGAUCAAGAUCUAUCUCCGGCAAGAGGAGUAGGUCAGAAAGGUCUCGUUCUCCUUAUGAUAGGAGAUCCAGAACUGUUUCUGACAGGAGAAGUCGAUCUGUGAGGUCAGUUUCUGAUAGGAGUAGAUCGCCUUAUGCUAAGAGGCAAAAAUCGCGUGACAGGUCGGGUUCCGAGAGGUCCAGAACCCGUUCCAGGAGCGCUUCAGAGAGAAGAUCGUAUGAGAGGAGCCGUUCUGAUGAGCGUCUAAAACUCAAUUCUGAGCUUGAGCCUAUGAAGCACACCUACGAUAGAGAUGCAGAAACCGAGACUGCCGCUGAAACAUAUAGAGAAAGUCCACUUAAAGUAUGA